AGCGCUGGCCGUCCGUAGCGAGCGCGCAAUGAGUUGGGAUGAAAACUGUUUGCAUACGGAUCGCACCCAAAAGACUGCAUGAGCAGGCUGGGGGCUUGGUGUUCAAGGGCUUGGGAAUUUGUUAGUUGAGAGCUGAGGCUUGUUGUUCCCGUUGGACAUUAUUCUCACUCGUUCAGCUGUCUUUUUUGCCAACCCAUCUGUGUUUGUAACCGAUUUAAGCACCGAAGAAUCCGCGAUAAAAUCACUUUGUGGAGUACAUCGCUGCCCUGCGCACGAUUUUGCGGAAUACACUUAUAGACUCGUCUCGAAACAGCGGUGAAAAGGUGUCAGCGACAGGAGGACAAAAGAGUGACAGAUUGGAGAAAAAGCUAAUGAAAAGGGCUGAGAGGCAGAAGACCGGAAGAGUCUACCAUCUUGGCCUCCAACCGAACGAAGAGACAUUUGCAGGUAUAUAUGGGGCUAGGACAGGCUUCCGCGCACAGCACAGCCAUGGAGGGCGACUGCCUGAGCUGUAUCAAGUACCUCAUGUUUGUCUUCAAUUUCUUCAUCUUCCUCGGUGGCUCCUUCUUGCUGGGGGUGGGCAUCUGGGUGCUGGUGGAUCCUUCCGGCUUCCGGGAGAUUGUGGCGGCCAACCCGCUGCUCUUCACAGGCGUCUACAUUAUCUUGGCGAUGGGCGGCAUGCUGUUUCUCCUGGGCUUCCUGGGAUGCUGCGGGGCCAUCCGUGAGAACAAGUGCCUGCUGCUCUUUUUCUUCCUCCUCAUCCUCAUAAUAUUCCUGGCAGAGUUAGCGGCAGCCAUCUUGGCCUUCAUAUUCCGGGAGCAUCUGACCAGGGAAUACUUCACAAAGGAGCUGAAGAAGCACUACCAGGGCUACAACAACAGUGACGUCUUCACCUCCACUUGGAACGCCAUCAUGACCACCUUUGAGUGCUGUGGGGUAAACAGCCCUGAAGAUUUUCAGGAUAGCCUCUUUGGACUGGUGCCUGAGGCCUGUUGCCUGAGGAACAGUAACCUUGGAGAUGGAAGCUACAUCAACAAGGAUGGUUGCCUCACGGGCAGUAUGACAUACCGAAACAACAAGGGCUGUUACUCGGCAGUGGUGGACUACUUCGAGACGUACAUCUACUUGGCGGGAGCGUUAGCCAUUGUUGUGCUGACUAUCGAACUUUUUGCCAUGGUUUUUGCCAUGUGUUUGUUCAGAGGAAUCCAAUAGAUUCAGCAUGCUGCAUGCGCGGACUUUAUAAAAGGGAAACCGCGGAACGGAAAGAAAACGAACACUUGUACGUUACAAAGAAGAUGUCCUUCUUUGGUUCUUUGCAUACAAUUGGGAGAAUCGGCUACAAUCAGACAACUCGUACUCUCGGCUGGAUCUUCGGGGUACCAGGCAUGUUUUUUAAAAAAGAGAAAAAGAAAUAAAGAAAGGGGGAAAAAACGAAAAAAAGAUAAAAGCAACAGUGACAAAAAUGAGCGGGAGGCUGACUGAUGCUGCUGCAAAUCCCAAGCGAAGGACGACGAGGGCGCAGCAUUGACAUUUGGAUGAAGAAUAUUUAUCGUGAGGGAAGUCAGUCUAGCUAUAUAGAAGUAUGUGUUUUAAGUAUACUGUGGCUGUAGCCCAAGCCCCUCCCCCCUGCACACUCCAUGCACACUCUGCCAGAGCCACACUUGUUUAAUGUUGUUUAUCGUCCCAUUAUGAAUUACUGUGUGUGGCCUGCACCCCCCCCCCCCCCCAUCUCUCUGCACACCGAGGCUUGCAAAUCAUUUUGUUGUGCAUUUUUUAUUGUAUGGCGAUGUUAAUUGCAAUAGUACUUCUGUGUGAUUUUAGCUUAAAUGUAUCUGUAUGCAUUUGUAUUUGAAACUAUGACUGAUAAAAAAAUAUUAAAAAUGAUUCUGUAA